AUGGCCGGAAUAGAGCAUGUUAUAUCUGUGGAGGAGUUGCUACCGAGGAAGGGAAAUGAUGUUAGAACAGAAGAUGUUGAAGUCCAAGUGAUAGAGAAAGACAGUCCCAGGCAGCAGUGGUUGGAUGAAUUAGAGAAGGCAGGAGAUGAAGCUGAUCAAAAAACUGGACCAAAGAUACAAAAGGUUCCGUUCUUGCUGCGAGAUCACAAAGAUGUGGCCAAGUAUUUUGAGCCAAGGGUGGUGUCGCUGGGUCCUAUCCAUCACGGUAAGCCAAAGUACCGGAAAGCAGAGAAGUACAAGCUUGUAUUGGCAAACAAGUUCGUCAAGGAGAGUGGCAAGGCUGAAAGUUUGUACGCCCAAAUUGAGAAGAAAAUCAGCAAACUGAAGGACUACUUCAAUGAGGAGGUGACCGCCAAGAAGUAUGACGACGAGAAACUCGCCGGGAUGCUGUUCGUGGACGGGUGUGCUGUAUUACAAUUCAUUUACUACCAUGAAGCUGAAGAGAAAUUCAAAGAUAAGAAAAUUAAAAACGAUCAAGUGGCCUUUUGGAAACACGAUUUGUUCUUGUUGGAGAAUCAACUUCCUUAUCAACUCCUCGAGGAUUUGAUGGAGUUGAGCGAGAAGAAAGAGACUUUGCAGGAUUCGAUGGAUCGUUUCAUUGAAAAUCAUGCAAAUUGCAAGGAUCCUAAAAUGACCAGCAGCACAGAAAAGCCGGCCCAUCUUCUUGAUCGUCUGCGAACAAGACUCCUUUUCCUUGGUGAUGAGGAAAAGAAAAGAAACAACAAAAGCAGUACUGAGAAUAUUGAAGGAGAUUGGCAGUCGUAUCGCAAUGUGCAGGAACUCAGAGCAGCAGGAAUCCAAUUGAGUCCUAGUACAACUAAUUCCUUGGCAGACGUAUCUUUUUCCGACAAAUCCAUUAAUGUCUACCCUGGAUACCUUUAUCUUCCUCAAAUAACGGUGGAUGAUUCAAUGGGGCCAAAGUUGUUGAACUUGGUAGCCUAUGAGAUGUGUCCAGAUUUCGACAAUGACUUCGGCAUCACCUCGUACAUAUGCUUCGUCGAUUCACUCAUUGAUCAUCCCGAGGACGUGAAGGAGCUGAGGAAAGGGAAAAUACUCCACAACCUCCUUGGCAGCGACAAAGAAGUGUCUCAACUCUUCAAUGAAAUAGCCACUGACUUGGUUCCUAAUCCCGAAAUAUAUGCCGAUGUCAAAAAGCAGAUUCAAAAGUGCUACAGCAGCAAGUGGAAGACCUGGAUAGCUCAGUGCUACAACGACCAUUUCAGCAGCCCCUGGACAAUUGUGGGUUUCCUCGCCGCAUUCUUAGCACUUGCUCUAACUAUCCUCCAGACCUGGUACUCUGUCCGCGGCUCUCCCUCUGACUCCAAAGAUCGCUCUUCCCCUGCCCCCAGAAUUCCCAAAAGGUACUGA